AUGAACGACAAAGACUUGGACUAUUUGGAAAGCCAAAACGAUGACGAGAUUUCUGGACUAUCAGCCAAAGUCAAUAUAUUGAAAAACAUUACGGGUAAAAUUGGAGAAGAGAUUAGGUCUGGUAAUUCAUUAAUUGAUCAAAUGAAUGAUCAAUUCUCAAAUACUGGUUCAAUACUGGGCAAAACAAUGAAUAACUUUAAGAUAAUGGCUUCUAAAGAGUCAGGCACAAUGUGGUGUUGUUUGACUCUGUUUAUUGUGUUUAUUGUGUUUUUCUUUUACUAUUGGUUUUUCAAAUAA